AGCUGCGAAGAACGACGACGGGACAAGAACUCUAAAGAGUUUAAAAAGAAACACCUUUAUUUCUGCCCGAGGUCUGCCGCAUAAAGGACCGCGCUCCCGAGCAACUCUUCGUAGCGAAGUUCUCUCAAUUUCGCACGGGUGCGGUCAUCGCUAGGAACUCUUUCAAGCCGCGGAAGAGAGUGAGAGACCCAACUGGUCGGGGCUGCGUGCCUCCGUCCUGCGGAACUUUUUCCUGAGUGCCACCUUGUGUUCUUCUGCUGCGGCUGGUGCCGUCUCUCACACAUACCUGACAUGAGGAGGUUUGCCUGCAGCCCGUUGCAGUUGCCGAGACCCACCCUGGCCGCCAGCCUGACGCUGUGGCUGCUCCUGCUGCUCGCGGCCAGCGAGCACUGCCGCGCCGACGAGGCGCCCAUGGGCGCCGUCUCCUCAAGCGGCGGCGGCGGCGUGCUACCCCUGCAGCAACACCACUCGAGCGACAAACGCGCGGCUACGCGGCCGCUGUACGGCUUCGGCCUCGGCAAGCGAUCCCCGUUGCUGCUGAUGGCCGACGAGUCGCCAGUGGACGCGGACAUCGACGAAGACGAGGACGACGAUGCGAUGGCCGAGGCUGCGGCUGCGUCCAGGACCGGAGGCUAUCUCGAGAAGCGCGGCCCCCGCGAGCCGCUGCGCUACGGGUUUGGCCUGGGAAAACGCAGGAGCGGGCAGGAGCGCGAGUACGCGCCCUUCGACCAGGAGAAGCGGGAGCGGCAUCGCUUCAGCUUCGGACUCGGCAAGCGGGACAAGAAGUCCAAGUUGGAAGACUUCAUGAAGCGCAGGUACAACUUCGGCCUGGGCAAGCGCGGCAUCUACGGCGACGCCGACGCGGGCGAGCGCUGGAAGAGGAGCUUUUGAGCAAACGGCGCGCACGCGCCAGCGCACACACCCCACUCCCCCUCCCCACCGACACUCGGCGUUCGCCUCCUUCUCAGCGUGGCCACGGGGAGGGAACAACAAAAAAGAAUCAACCGCUGGGAGGAAGAAACGGGCAAAGCACGCGACAUGCCUCGUUGUUCUGCCCUGUUCCUUCCACGAAUGAAGUUCCCCAACCGUCCCGUUACCCUCCUUUCCUCCUUGCUCCUCCUCCCGUUCGCAAACCACGCGUCGGCCGGCGGGCCUUGUUAGGCCUGCCUAAGCCUAACUGGUAAGCCUAACUGGCAAGCCUAAAUGACAAGCGUAACCCGUUUGCUUGUUGAGGCGAUAUUGUUGAAAAUAGCAUAAAAAUCUAAAGAUGAAUGCUAACGACGAAAAGUACUCAAGAAGUAUUAGUCCAGGGCUCGACCCUCUGCAGCGAGCUUCGUCGACCCUGUGAACCUGUGCAGACGUCUCCCCUCUUCUUGUUCUCACUCUGAGUUCCAGCUCUUAAGAGUCAUGGACUUUUGUUCGUUGGAGUCCGUUCUGCCUUGUUGUGCAGUAGUUUCGAUGCAAAUACGAGAACGUGGCAUGCGCAGCGACGUUAUAGUGACAGAGUCGCACGUCCUCGUUGCUAUAAAUCGAUGUGUACUGCUCACAGCCCGCUAUAGGCUGUGGACGAUGUUGCCGUGUUGGCGAAUCAAUAAACCAUGACAUCAACAUCGAGAAAACAGAGGAACACCAGUUUAUGGGAGUCAGUGUGUGUGUGUCAGUGUGUAAUAAAAGAUGCUCAAAGCCAAAAUUCAUUUUUGGUAAGAACUAUAUUGAGAAGGUCAUCAUACUGCGAUAGGACUGAUGGCAGGCGUGUUGCCAAAAGUUACUGAGAGUAAUCGGGUAAUACUGGCUUCACUAACCAGUAGUAAUACGUAGUUUUGCGCUUACCAAGGUAGCAAAAAAAAAAAGAACGCAACAGAGGUUUAUAUAGCCCGAGCCACACAAAGCGUUCAUGCCUUGAUUGAAUAAAACAGUAUAUGCAAAACGUAUAGUCUUCUCUUCAAAAGCCGGUGGCAAUACGAUUUGAAUGGUCAUCGCCGAAUGGUGCCACAAUGUAUUUUUGUGAAGCGUUGUAGACUCUGUUUUUGUCAGAUGAGACAAAGAAGUUAACAAAGAAGUGCAAGAAUGUACGUCGUUCGCCCUCUGUUGAUCCGGUUCACCGGAAUCUGGCGGCUAAAUCGCGCUAGGGCAUUACUUAUCGAAACUCAAAUCAUCCAUGAAUAUAUGAACACACUUAAGUAGAAGCAACUCCUAGGUAACCAUUCACACUACUAAGUACAAGUGUUCUGUUAAUCAGUCUUAAAAGAGAAAAUUUCGACUACUAACUAGUGCUACGUAUAUUUAUUAUGGCGAAUAAAGCAGGAAUAGCGGUACUUCCUUCCAACGUGGCAAGGCUGUGUAGUUGAAGGGAAUAGCUCAGAAAGAUCUUGGGGCAAGCCUGAGCAAACUACCAAUACUCUGUAAUAGCGAUAAGCCAAUAACCAUGAUUUGUUAUAAAUACGUUAGGAAAUUAUGUGUAUGUAAUGGAGUAGAAUUGGUCAGUCUUCACACAGUGACCGUGGCACCUAGCAGUACACUUGUGCAAAAUAUAACUUAAGUCGAACUAGUAAAAAUAAGCCCACUUCUAAGUCCUAAUGAAAGAAGCAGUAACUAUACGAUGGAACAAGUCGAAGCCUAGAAUGUGUAGCGGAUGUUGGCAGAAUAAACUGACGGAAUCAAAUCAUAUGUGAGCAUGACAGCCCAUCUUCUUUUUCAUCUUAGAAAAGUCGAAUUUUGGUGCUUCAAUCCUAGAGACAGAACUAUCGCCCUUGCUGAGUAAUAAUGUUUAACAAGAUAUAAAUGACGUUCAUUAUGUCAAUAUUCUGUACGCGGAGUUUCGUCUGAAUGUAAAUAAAUGUUUGCGGCAAGUCAAAAUAAACUGGUGGCACUGCA